AGAGGAGAGGAGAGGAGAGGAGGAAGGGCUCAUUCUGCAGGGACUCUCUGCCUCCUCCUUCCCCGCGCAGGGAGCGCGCCGCGCGGCUGCGGGAGAGGCGUGACGCGCCCCAACCGCAUCUCCAGGAUGGCAGGUCCUCCUGACGGGCCUUCGUCUCUCUUUUCCGGAAUCAGACCGGCGGCCCUUUAAGGAAGAUGGACCCUGUGAUCCCACUGGUUCUCAACUCCAGGAUCAGAACCGGGAUGGAGACCAGAGCUUCAGUGUGCAGAAGCGCACUCACUGCACUUCUGUUGGCGGCCGGCACACUGGUUUCCAUGGCAACAUCAAGCUCAUCAGCUGCAGGUGUACUGGACUUCAACAGAACAGCAGAAUUUCUGUCACACCCUGUAUCACCCUCCUCUUCCUCUCCCCCUGUCAAACCCUCACCCGCACCCAGCCCGUCCUCAGACUCUGGUAACGGGAGCAUUGGUGGUGGAGCCUCUGCUGAGGACUCAGAUUCUGGUGCUCAGGGGAUUCACCUCCUGCUCAGACCGCCAGAUCUCCUAUCCCCCAGCCUCCCCCCGCCCCUCCCCCCACACACUCAGCCCACCUUUACCCCUCCUCCGCCCUGGGAGCAGGGCCCUUCACUGGAGGAGGCCUGGGGCUCCGGAGACUACCUGGAGACCCUGUCAUUUAUGGUGCCCGAUGGCGAGGAGCUGGCCCUGGUCACCCCGCUGCCUAACCACCCUUACGACGAGGAUGAUGGAGGGGACUGGGUCUCCUACGACACAGCCUUUCCUGUUCGGCCCACCCUCCCCCUCUCCUCCCACGUACCUCUCUCACCCUCCUCCUCCACUCCCAGCAUUCCCCUGCACACUCACCCCACCCAUCCGGAUGUCUUUCCUGCCUGGGAGGAAGACUAUGACCUGGAGGACAUGAUACCUCUGGAGCCGACGGAGCUGCUGCUGCCAGACAUGAACAGUCUUGAGUAUUAUACAAACCUGCUGGCGCGGGAGAGAGAGAGGGAGAGGGAGAGAGUCCAGGACCAGAUCAGUCAGACAGACUCAGAACCCCCAAUCACUCCCACAACAACUAAAACCCACCGUUUGCCUCCAUCUCCAUCCCCGAGCUCCAGUCCUCCUCCACGACAGGAACCCAAGCGUCCUGUGGCAGGGCCCACCCCUCCCCUCACCCUCUCACCUACUCUCACAGGUGAGAAGUCAACCACCCUCAAAACUCCUUUGAGUCCUUCUCCUCCUCCUGCUCUGAAACCCAAAGAUCAUGCUGCAGUCCCAGGCAGACACCCCCUUCGACCCCCUUCCAACACGACAAGCCAGGUGCUUCCCCCUCCUCCUCUGGGACCACCCACCCGGCCCGACAAACCUCAGAGGCCUCCAGUGGUUAUAGAGAAGCCAGCAAAGGCUCCACCUAUGAGGACCACCACCAAGGCAACGACCACGACCACUGCCAUCACCACCACCACCCAGAUCACAGCCAUCAGCCUGACCAGAGCUCCCCCAGUUACUACACCCAGAGUUGCGCAGACUCCGCCAACCAGACAGUACCUGUGUAAUGUCACCAAGCCAGAGAUGUACCUGGUCAGAGUAGUCAGUUCAAAAGGUUCAUCUCCAGGUUUCACUCAAGUGAGAGAUCUUCUGAAGAGAGAGUUCAACCGCUCAGUGGAGCUCCAGUUCCUGAGAACUCCAUCUAGUUUUGCCUUUCGAGUCGCGUCAGGACCAUUUAUCUACACCGCCAUCUCAGUCAUCAAUGCCCUUCGCCAGCCACCACGCAGCUUUGGCCCCAUUCCCACCGUGUCACCACUCUACACUAUACCUGACCUCAGGUACCAGGUCCACACUGUACUGCAGUUUGUUCCCACCCACGUAGACGUCAGAGUUUGUAACUUCAGUGAACGGGUUGAGAGGGGACUGAUGAUGGCUUACAUCGAGACACGGAGACGAUCCCAUGAAGCCAGAAAUAUCACUGUACAGCUGCUGAACAUCACGAUGGGCACCACCCGGCCGCGGGUGGAGCAGAAGGUUUCUGUGGACAUUACCUUUGCUGUUCGAGAUGGACGGGACUACCUGCCAGGGUCAGAGGUCAGCGAUCACCUGAGGAAGCUCAGCCUGGUCGAGUUCAGCUUCUACAUCGGUUUUCCUGUCCUGCAGAUUGCAGAACCUUUCCAUUACCCUGAGCUGAACAUGUCUCACCACCUGCGCUCCACCUGGGUCCGUACAGUCCUGUUGGGCGUUCAGGAGCAGCUGGUGGCUGAGAGAAGUUUUAAAGCUCGUCUGGAGAGACGUCUGGCUCUGCUUCUGGAGGAGGGCCUACAGGAAUCCAGCAAGAGGCGCUGGAGGAGAGCCACAGCUGUGGGCAACAGCAGUCUACAGGUGGUGCGAGUGGUGUGGCUGUCGGGGCCACAGCGCCCCCUGGAGGUGUUUUAUUUCAUGGAGGGUCCAGGCGGUGAGCGAAUACCAGCUGAAGUGACAGCAGCCACCCUGAACCGUCUGGACCUUCAGAGGGCUGCCAUUGUCCUUGGACACCGAGUCCAGAGACCUCUCGCCCAACCUGUGGAGACUCUGUCUGUCCCUCCUGCGGAGACUCAGAGCAGCAGUAUCUGGCUGAUUGUUGGUGUAGUUGUCCCCGUCUUGCUGGCCCUCUUCAUCAUCAUCAUCCUCUACUGGAAGCUAUGUGGCUCAGAGAAGCUUGAGUUCCAGCCAGAUGCCAUCAACACAAUCCAGCAGAGACAGAAGCUUCAGGCUCCCAGCGUGAAAGGCUUUGACUUUGCAAAGCUCCACCUCGGUCAGCACAGUAAGGAUGACAUCAUGGUGAUCCAGGAGCCCGGCCCACUGCCCGCCCCCAUCAAAGAGGCCACGCCCUCUGACGGUGGAGACCUCAACACCCCCAAAUCUAAAGGAUCCUCCACCAAGGCAGUCCGGUCCAGUCGCCGCAGGGGCAGACUGAGCCCGUCAGAUGGUGACUCGCUGGGCAGCGACCAAUCCAGUGGCAGAGAAUCAGGUGAAGAAAGCACUCGACCUGUGGCCACACCCAGUGAGGGGAAACAGCACAGGAAGAUGCCCAAAAAUGGGAAGAACAAGAUGGGCAGCGGUCCAGAUGAACUUCUCUCCUCGUCCUCUAUCUUCGACCAUGUUGACCGUCUGUCUCGUGGCUCAUCUGAUGGCACGCGUCGCCAGGCCAAUAAGGUGCAGCUGAUCGCCAUGCAGCCACGACCGAGCCCACCGCACGCCCCAUCCCAGCCGAGCCCCACCCUCACUGAGAAGGUCAACACAGAGGUAGCAUUGAGACACAAGUCAGAGAUCGAGCACCACAGGAAUAAACUUCGGCAGCGUGCUAAGAGGCGGGGUCAGUGUGAGUUUCCCUCUAUGGACGACAUAAUGGAUGCAUUUGGAGAUGGACCGGUGCAAGGCGAUGUGGCGCAGCGUCUUUACAGCUCUGCCCAUGACCACAUGGACUGCAUCCUACAAACUGAUGCCCCUUCACCACCCACCCCCACAGACUCCAGGAGGAGAGGGAGGCGCUCUCCUCGGGGUGGCCGGGCUCAGCCAGGGCCUGGAAGUCUUCCUGAUACAGACCGAGACCGGUUGCUCGAUCAGAGUGCCACCUACAGGAAAUACCCAGGACUCAACAAUGUGGCCUACAUGUCGGACCCUGACCUACCCCCAGACCAUGGCAGUCCCUCCCCUACUGAUGAGGUGUUUGACCCCGCUCCAGCUCCACCACCCUACAUGCCCCCUCAGCCCUCCAUCGAGGAGGCACGCCAGCAAAUGCACUCCCUCCUGGAUGACGCCUUCGCCCUGGUGUCGCCGUCCUCACAAGGCAGCGCCGGGGUGAGCGGGGUAAGCCCUGCCCUGCCCAGCCCCUCCCCCCAGGCCUGCCCCACAGGCAGGCAGUGGGGCUCUUACCCAGCAGCCCCCUCUCACAGCCCCUUUUCUGCAAGAUAUGCAGAGUUAGGAAUAUCUCCCACAUCAAUCCAGGGUCUCUUGCAGAGGCAGGGCCUGAGUUCAGGAGGUUAUGUUUCUACUGGAGACCAGCUGCAGGAAUCAGUUUACUCCAGCAGAGGGCAGUAUGAGGAGCCCCCUUCCUCAUCCAGACCACGACCUGUAGGGGGCAGCACAGGUGCACAACUCCACCACUUGACCCAAGUGGGCUUGUCAAGUCAGAUUGGUGCAUACCCUGGGGUAGGUCGCAGCAUGUCGGGUCCCACUGGCUCUAGCUGGAACCAGCAGCACUCAGACCAGGACCUGUCCAGACCAGGAGCCAGCAGAGAAAGUGUGCUGUCGUUUCCUGAGUUCUCCUCUUCAUCUGUUUUCCAGAUGCCUAGCUCAUCAUUGCGGGACCCAUCAGCUCCACCUCUCCUUCUGACUUCACCGACUCCAGAGUACCCACCGGAGGAUGCCUCACCCUCCGCUCACACCUCUGCCUCCCUUAUAAAGGCUAUCAGGGAGGAGCUGCGCCGUCUGGCCCAGAAACAGGCAGCAGUGACUAGCUACCCCUAGACAGGCAUGUGUCAGGACUCAACUGGUUUUAGUCUUUAUUGUUUUAAACCACUGAAAGUUGGUAAGGACCGGAUUAAAACCGUAAAACUGACCGAUCUACACUCUGGACUCUUUUGAGCUAAUCUAUGUCUGUGCCACUAAUCCCAAAAUAACUCUGGACCACAAUCCAUGUCUAAACAAAAAAGGAUAAUGUCUCCUGGCUGAAAGACCUCCGGUAUUUUACUGGGUCUCGUCUGUCUGUCCGUCAUCUUUCAGCUUAAUGUUUAUUGGACAGGAGGUAGACUCUUCAUGUUCCGAUUGAAUUGCUCCUCGGACUGGAUCAUUCAGUCAUCGUCCUUCCUAAACUUCUGGCAACAAUUAAUUCCUGAAAUUCUGGCCUAGAUUGUCCCCUCCUGACCUUAUUGAAUGGAUCGGUCCCACCAGACAUUUUUGAGCCGAUGGUCCCUCCUGAUCCUCUUGGAAAAUUUAAUCUCUUGUAGAGUUUUUGACCGAUUUGUCCCUCUGGAACUUCUGGAACAGAUCUUCACCUCUUGUCUUCUGGACUGGCAGUACAUUCCUGAAAUUCUGGAAUGGAUCAUCUGUCCUUAGGUUCCAGAACUGGUGAUCUUUCCUGGAGUCUGGGUUGAAUGGUUCCCCCCAGAAGACUGACACUCCUCACCACUCUUCAUGGAGUGGAUGGUUCCAUCCAAGGCUCUGGCGAGCUUCAACCCUGCUAGAGUUCAGGAGUGGAUGAUCCUUUUUGAACUUAUGGAGUGGAUUGUUGCUCUUGAACAUCUGAAAUGAAUCAUUCCUUCUGACCUUUUUGGUCAGUCAUCCUUCCAGAACCUUUAGACAAGAAGGCUGCUCUUGACCUUCCAAAGUCAUUUGUCCUUCCUGAAGUUCUGAAGUGGACUGUCUCUCCGGACCUUCUGUGGUGCUAACUGUUGUUUUCAUAGCAUCUCCUCACUGACCACUGAUUGCCUUCCACACUCCCAUCAGCCACAGGGAUCAGGUCUCUGUUCAUAAAUCAUAUCAAUGAGGUCUUGCACUGUCGACAGAUGGAAGUGGCGUACAGUUUCUCUGAAAACUAGAUGGAAAACAGGAAAAAGUAUAUAUAAAUAUCUAUAAGAAUAAAUCUAAAUAUCUGUAAAGAGAUAGAAUCCCAAUGAGCACAAUAUUAAUGUAAGAGUUAUUAUUGGAGUAUUGAGAUGUUACUUAUUUUUAUUGCUUAUAUAUGAAAGUAUACUUUAAAACCUUUAUUUUGAUCAAAAAAGACCAAACUACUGUUCUAUGCUUGUACUCCUCUUGUGUUUGAACUCGCUGUAGAUUUGAGCCGACGCUUGUUUCUCUGUGGAGGCGUUGUUUAUUGUAGCCGCUCGCUGGUGUGUUCAUGUAUCGGUGACAGAAAAAAAAAAAAGACAGCUAAUUCAUCACGUCGAUAUAAAGGUUAUUCAUUGCUGAUUUGUUGCGUUCAUCAGUUUGUAGGCAGAGCUCUAAAGAUGAGCUUGUCAUGUGACAGGUGUAAAAAGUCUUCCUUUAUGGGGUCAGAGAUAGUAAACCAGUCAUUUACCUCAACAGCGCCCCUGGAGGCUGUAGAGUCCAUUGCACACGAGAAAGCAGAUUCUUAUCAUUCACUGAAUUCCAUCAGUGAAUCAGGGAGUAGGAGAUGAGCCUUCCAACUACUGAGGUGCGCCACACACAGCGUUGCAGAUGAGAUGUUACAGCUAUUAACAGUGGGUCUGUAAGCCUGUUAUAAUCACUACUCACCAGUAAACAUGGAGAGACGCCUCUUUUCUUACCAUUCCUCACAAGCAGUGAGGUACAAUGUUUGUUGAAAAACGUUGUCAGUUUUGAAAACAAAAAUGACAACAAUGAUUAUUGUCAGUGUUAUUAUUAUUAGUGGUAUUUUGUUUUCUUUUUUGUCCAACCCUAAACACUCACACUUAGGAAGUCUGCAGAAGCUCCCCUUGCAGACUUGAACUGUACAUUUAGACAGACCUCGAUGCUCAGGAAUUUCCUAUAAGUCUUCAUGUGUGGAACUGCUAUCUUUAUGCUCGUGCUGUUCAGCUGAAUGACUGGUUCCCGUCUUUGCCGACUGGCUGUUUUCUCUGUCAUGUCGUGAAGAAGUCAGUUGUUUGUAAAAACCAGUUCCACAGGGUAUGAGGGGGUUCGUUCGUCUCUGCUUUCCGCUCUUCUUCAGCAUGACUAAGUUUGAGGCUUUAGCUACUCGUGAUGUCCCAGUUAAUGUUUAGCAUGCUGCUAAAAGAUGUUCAAAACAAAGUUUAAAUAAGUAAAAAGUCAUUCCACAUCAAGUUAAGAGUUAGCAAAGAGUGCCAUAAAGCCACUGUUCAUCUAGACAUCGUAAAAAAAUAUCAUAUGAAAUAUCAUGUUUUUUUGUUUGUUUUUGUUUUGCAUUUCCAAAAGAUAUUUUUAAAUCUAAAUAAAGAUGGUUAAAGUAAACAGUGUUAAAAUGAAAGUGCAUAUGGUGUUUAAUAGAAGACAUUAUAUAUAGAAAAUAUUUUAUCUGUGAUUGCUCUGCUGAACGGACACAAAGAUCUGCUCUGCAACGGUGCCAACACAUCUUCCAUGGACCAGAAACCACCUGCAGAACGCCUCAGCGGCUGGAGACUUCCUAAUUGGACCUAGCACCUGUCAGUCAAACUGUAGGACUGUGCUAUGCCUACAGGGUCAAAUGGUGCUAAUUCCCAGACUCAUGGUGUGCCUGAAAGUCAUCAGAUCACACCCACAACACAACAAACAAUGAAAUCCUGCAGGUGUCACGAUUGAAAAGAGAAGUUCGUCUUCUCAUAUCAGACUCUGGAUUCAAGCUGCUGCUCUGCAGCUUUCCUGAAUGUUUCCUUCUAUGUUUUCUAUACUUUCAGAAUUUAUGUGUUUUCUAGAUCUGUGGUCCUCAGUGAGAAUCCAGCAGAUGACCAGUCGCACUGUGGAUGUUUACUCAUGACAAAACUACUGACUCACACUGGAAUCACUCUGAGACCCACCUGAUACUGACAUGUAUGGAGUUCGUACCGUCCUGAAAGAUUAUGUUUCUCUCAUCAUGUGCACACAACAUGGUAUCUUCUUCAGACAAGAUAUCAGCUUGUGCAUACAACAUAUUAAAAUGCAUGAACACGAAAUCACCUGUGGUAAUAAGAUAAAUUGUGCAAAUUGUGUUACUAACUCAAACGCAACAUACCAACUUGUCAAACAAGAUA